UUUGCAAGAUUUAAAGUUGGAAUACUUCAGAAUAAAAUCAUAAUUAAAUUAAAGCUCAUAGUAUUAUGACAGUAUUGCACAUAAAAGAGCAAUAAAAAGAACUACUUUACAAAUAAAUAAAUAAAUAAAUCCCUUAUUAAUAAAUAAAUAACUUCCCUUAUUUUGCAACAACAUGCCUUUACCUUCGUUUUAUUUAUAUUUUUGUAUAUAUUAUCUUAAGUCUUAUUCUCCUCUCUUUUCAUAUAGACACACACACACACACACACACACACACACACACACACAAACAGGGAUUACUAAAGUGUUUCUAUUUCUGAAAAUAUUCAUCAUCGGGCAAUCAGCACGGUAUUGUUAAAACUUUGAAAUGAAUGUGAAAUAAACAGAGUGACUGUAGACAUCAUUGGUAGACCAUGCAUGGUUUUCCCUUGUGAAGCGCGAGCCCACUCCACACGGCUCCCAACACGUGCGUUUGAGGUAGCCACGCCCCCAGCCUUCGUAUUCACGUGUAUACACGCACAAUCGUUUCUCAUUGGCAGAAGCCACUGAGAGUAGCACGGGGAAAAUGUCUAUGCAACGAUGCUCCCUGCUAUGUCUCUAGAUGAUACAGAAGAUUAUCGUCUUGAUUAUCUGAUACCAGCACAGUAAUUAAGCUUGCACUAAAUAACACUAGCCAACGUGCGUCAUCACACACUCAAACACGUGAUACUGAUUAAUGAGCACACACACACACACACACACACUCGGUUGUCUGUAACUGUGUGCUAGAUAUCAUUAAUUCUUCUGGGAGCUGUCAGCUGUCUCGCGCCUGUCCCUUUCCUCCACUCCACGUGCCCUGUGACGCAGCAAUAUCCCACGUCGGAGAUUGCUGCAUGGUUAUUGGCCGCUCAGGAUGUCACUCAGCAACAGAGCUGUCGAACAUUCAGCUGAAACGAACGGCUGCGUUAACGGGAAUGUAAGUUCCGAACAGGCGCGCGCGCAACAAACCAGGAUGAAACACCGCGCAAAGCACAAGACACAAGAACAGCGCGAGCGCAAGGCCAAGCUGUAGUAUUACAUAAGCAGAGAAGUGGAUUCAGUCAUUGUGCAGCCAGCUUGAACGAUGAUGAUGAUGCAUGGGCUAAUACAAACCUGCAGAAUGAAGUGAAUAAGUGAUAAGCGACUGAUUAUCUUCAGGAAUAAUACCCACAAUGCCCCAGGACAUGAGUUGUGUGGGGAGGUGUGCUGCCCUCCCAGGCAGUAAAAAUGCUAAGGAUAAAAGCAACAUUUCUUCUCUGAUGUCCAGAAAAAAAGUUCACACACAGCAGAUGAUGAAUGGAAGAAACUCCCGCUGCAGUUCUGAGAAAGAUUCAGGUUACUCAGAUGCUGGAUCUGACUACCAGCAAACAGAUGUAGAUGAUCAACACAAUACUGUGACUGAGCUGAAGGGCUGUAAACCUCAGAGUACAGGAGAUCAGCGGAAGCACAUCCUGGUAUCAGGACAAGCAGAGUUCACUCCAAUGUUUAUCAUAAAAAAUGUAGUUUUAAAACAGUCGGGACAAUCAGGACAGGAUCAGGUUCUCCAGUCUUUGUGGGGAUCGAAGAACACUAAUGCUCAAAGUAAUCUUCUUUUGCUGCAGCAGCCUAGUAUCACUGUCUCUCCAAUCCAUGUUCUUACACCACAAAUACGAAGAGCUGAGAGUAAGAACAAAAAGAGCAAAAAUUCACACCUCCCCAUCCUCAACUCAUAUCCCAAAAUUGCUCCCAAUCUGAACAAAAAGAAAACAGAGAAACCCCUAGCCAGCAGGGAGGGCAGUUCAGAGGAGCACAGCCUGAGUAAGAGAGUGUGCACUGAGGAUAGUAAAGAGGAAGUAUCUGUAUCUACACAAGUGUCUGAGAAGCAUCCAAAUGAGCAGCCUGAGAGCCACAUCCAAACUGACUCUCAUUCUUUCUUACCUUCAAGCAGUGAUUUAGAACAGACGAGUUCAUGCUUCCCACCUCCAGAACUAAAAAUCACGGAAACACCAGCCUCCAUGAGCUGGUCCUCUGUUUCCUGUUCAAAGACUUCCUCGUCAUCCUUUUCACCUUCUUGUUCUGAACCUGCCGCACUUUUGCUCCCCACCAGUAAAAUGAACCUUUCAGGAGGCUUGGUCCCAGACUCUACCAUUGGCUUGACCCGGCACCGCCGCUUCCUCAACACAGUGGAGAUAUUGAGCCAGUCAGGGUUGCUGGACAUUACACUAAGAACACAGGAGCUGCUCCGCCAGAGUGCUACCACAGAGCAAAACAUUGCUCAGCUUAGUCAGCAUGCACAUCUGCUGUGCCAGGCUAUCCACGCAGGUUCCAACAUGCCCGCUUUAGAGAAAAUACACCGAAUCAUGGUUGAGUCAGGUUGCUAUCCAAAUCUCAGGAGCUUGCUUUUUAUGGCCAGUGAUAACGGAGCGUUUGAGGCUGACAGCAAUUCCAGAAUCAAUGCCAUGAUCACCUAUAGACAUGAGUUUAAUGGACAGGAAGGAGUUGCACCUCCCUCCCCCUUUCUCACCACUGAGCCAGUCAGGGAUUUUAUAUCAGCAAAUCAGCAGGACUCAACAUUUGGCACUGACUGGUCGAUGGCCCAUGGGAAGCACCAGCUUCACAAACAGCUUCAUGUACCUCCAGACAGCUCAAAUCGUGGGGUAACUGCUGUAGAAACUUAUACAGAGUAAUUGAAGAUUGACUGAAAUAAAUACAGUAAUUCAAAAACACACAAAUAUACAUCCAUUUACAUUUACAGCAUUUGGCAGACGCCCUUAUCCAGAGCGAUGUACAUAAGUGCUUAAAUCUCUAACAUUGAAUACAUUAAUGCUGGUUC